AUGCAUUUAAUGUACUAUGUUGGUGAAAACGGUGAGAGAAAGUACACCCUCAAGAAACGUGGACCAAAGGGACAACCAUCAUUCUCUGCUCAUCCAGCUCGUUUCUCUGUCGAUGAUAAAUACUCUAGAGAAAGAAUUACAUUAAAGAAGAGAUUCGGUUUAUUACCAACUCAACAAGCUCCACUCAAGAAGACGUUGGAAUAA